UUUACUGUCAUAGUGCUGUGUCCUAAAUAUUUUCGAUUCGUUUUGGAAUUUAGUGUUUAAAAAGUACUAAUAAAUGAUACGACAUUUAUUUUAUACAGGUUUUGAUUUACGUCAAUAGAACUUGUUCAGUUGUAACAAUGCAGAUUUAUAUUAUUGCAUUAUGUUUUAUAAUACAUGGAUGUCACCAUGGGACAGGACUUCCUGUGGUACCCAGCGACCAAAGCCCAUUGCUAGAACUUGCGAAUACCUGUGAAAACUCCUUUCUAGAGGACAUGAUCAAACAGAAGGUUGAUGUUUGCAAAGUAAACGGUACGUUAACCAACCCGACCGCCCUGGAAUGCUACAUGUUCUAUGAUAUCAACACACAGCUCUGUGCUGCGUUCGAACAUUCAGAAUUCAGUUUGCAAGAUAAUUACAAAAGUAAAAUGACCGAGACUCAGAACGUCGCUGCGGUAUGUGCAAAUUCAAAAUCGUGGAAACUUGUGACAAUUCAACCGAAAUCACCAUACAAUUUAUUGAUCAAAGUGUUCAGCGAUCCGGUGAAAUGUCAAAAACUAUGCGGAGUCGGUGAGUUGUUCAAUGAUGACACUAAUUACUUUUGCAAAUACUUCAAGUGGGGUACAGAGGUGAUACAAAAUCAACAAUCAGUACAAGAGACCAAUUUAGCCGCCCCAGAUGGAGCGGCUCAACUAUCAGCUGUAAGUUCUGGAAAGAAUGCUGACACCGUACUACCAGCUAAUAACACCACUGCACCAUUGACAACUGCAAAUAAAGAGGUACAACAUGUUGAUACGAAGUUGACACAACCUGCUGAACAUACAAAAGAAGCUAGCUCAGAGAAGUCUGGACAAAAAACUCCUACAUCAACUGUCAAUCAGUCGACUAGUGUAGAGAAGGCACCGGAAAGUAUUAACAGUGCAAAAGCAGAACCUUCAACGGCACCUGUUGGUGUGUCAUCAGUGAAGGUUGAAGUUGAGCAUCCAGCUGCAGAGGAAGUACCACCAAAAAAAGAUGAAGUGGAAAAAAAUGGACCAGUGUUGGAGGAACCGAAGGAUUUACUGGAUGUAAAGGGAAAACCUGAGGAAAUCAAUCCAGAGGAUGAUGAGAACGACAAUGAUGAUUAUGAUCAACAUGAUGAAUUACCAGCAGACAAGACAAAUAUCAAAAAUGACAAUGGUGGUGUAGAAUCUGAUCCAGAUGUUGUUUUCAAGGGAAACAAUAAACCUAAUUUGAAAAUUGAGUCCAUUACAUUUCCCCCUCAAAGAGUUGCAGAUGUUUACCCCAAUGGCCUCCCAGAUUCGUUCACCGAUGAUGAUGAUCACUUCUUCCCGAUUUUCUUGACUGGAAUAAUCCUUGUGGUUCUGCUGUACAUACUAUAUCACAACAAAAGUAAAUUCACAAAAGUGAUUCUGGGACUAAUAGUAGAGGGCAGGCAGUCUGGUCGACGAAGAAACAGUAGAGGCCACGCCUACCGUCGACUGGACACGUUGGAGCAAGCCAUGAGCUCCACCACAGCUGUCCCUCCGAGCAAGAUCAUAUACUGAGUAUAUAUUUAAUAGUAUUUAGUAUACAAACUAAUUGUAUAGAAGGUGAAUCUAUUGUGUAGCCAUCGACAUAGGGUAUUUUCCUUAAAGCGUCGAUGUUCUUUAGGGCCGGCACACAUCUUGCGUGGCAGUUUUUAAACAAAUUAUAAACUAAAUUAUGAUGCAAGCUAACUUCUAUGAGUCUUAUUGAAACCAUUAUCAGCUGAUGGACGUACACUGCUGGACAUACCCCUCUUGUAAGGACUUCCAAAACCACGGUAUUGAGACGCAUGAUUUAAACAAUACACUGCACUUAGCGUCCAGAGUUGCCAUUCAUCCAUCAGCUCUUGUAAUCGGCCAAGACUCUCUAACUAUGUGACCUGACCUUCAGCUUUGUGAUUUCUUCUGCAGAUCGCCUUUUUUUGGAUUCGUUUAUGCAUAUUAGUUAUUAGUGUAAAUCAUUUUUGACUGUUAUUGCUAAAUUUUAAUAGCCUCACUGUCUAUUGGAGAGGGGAUAUUGAGCUUAUACCCCACUGUUUCAAAGCGAGUUAAAGGUUACCAUAUUUGACUUUGUAAUGAACACUAACAUAUAUGUUAAAGAUGAUGAUCGGACGUCGACGGUUUACGUGCUCUUCAAAGCAGGAGGUGUAUACCAACUUCCCAAGGCUGAGAUUUUUUUAUAAGAAAUAGAAGCUCAACAUUACUCGACUCAAAUCCAGGAACCGAAAGCAAAGACUGUAUUCUAUAUCUAAUUUGAUGGUAUAAAACGAGCUAUGCUGUCGCCAGAUAUGCACCGACUCUAAGACUCGUACAAAGCAUCCUGAGUCUUCUUUCCUGAUAGUUCUAUUUAGAUAGAUUCAUUGGUUUAUUGUAUUUGCAAAAUGUUAGAUCCAAAUGAAUUAUACACACUGGUACAGAAUAUUAUACAUAUAAUUAUAUUUUAAUUAAUAUUUCAAAUACAAGAUGACAAAUAAUUUGUAUCUGCAUUUCAGACAAUUGCACACAUCAGAUAAGUCACACCUUAGCUUUUAUCAUUGUUGACAGCAAACAACUAAAAAUAUGAAAUAAUACGUGCACUUAUUUGACAUUGAACUUAGAACCACAACCUACACACCUAGACAACCUAGAAACAUCUAGGUGUGUACAUUGUGGUUCAUUCAUUGUCAGUUAAAUGUCAACCAAUAGCACAAUACUGUCUUACCUACCAGAGUAUAUUGGUUUAGUUGGACAAAUAAUAUAUUACUUUUUUCCUAAUCUAAUAAUUGUGCGCAUAUCAAUCUACGUCAAUAUAAAUUGUGCAUGCACCCUCACAGAUAUUGUGUGCCUUCUUAAAUCUCUUGAAUACGCUUACCAGACAGCUUGAAUAAGUAAGAAGUAACAACUUAUGCUGGAAAAUUGUAGCUACUGAGUUUCUUGCCAGGUCAUUUGACAUACACUACAUUCCGAACCGGGAGUAGUACAGACACACUGCAGACUUGAUUUUAAAAGUGCUCAUAUUAGAUAUUAAAAUGCACAUAAUUGAAAAGUUGGAGCUGCAUGCCCCUUACAGGAUUCGAACCUACGCCCUCCGAAUUGAAUGCAGAGGUCAUAUCUACUGGGCUACCUACCUAAAAUAAAUUAUUUUGAUUUGACAUUUUAAGAAAUUUUCCUUACCCUCCAUAGUAGUAAUUUUACUAAUUAUUGAAUUAUUAAAGUAUUAUUUAAAAUAUGUAUUACACUAUGGAAUAUGUAUUAUGUUUAUCCAAAUUUUGUGUGCAGCUUAUCUAUGUGCCUUAGUUCACUAGCUCAAGGUUGCUUCCGUAACUCUCACUGUCAUUAAAACUGCCUAUUUUACAAGUCGAAACUCUUAACAAGAACCUCUCACACAGUAUAUUUAUUGUAACAGUAGGUACUCAUAAUUUGCAUUGUACAUUUAGUUUCUGAUCAAACUAUAGUAAAUAAUUAAUUGAUAUUCUGUAAUUACAUACUUUUUGUAAUUUCUUCUUCAUUUUGUUCAUGUUAAAUACCAACUUUGGAAAAAUGAGAUUACACAAGCUUUCGUGCCUAUAUUGAGUCAUUUGUCUCAGUGGUGUUUUGGCUAUUGACAUUCAUUGUCAGUUUUCAGUAAGGCUAUUUUACUGGAAAAUAAAAAUUCAAUAUAUGCAGUUCAAUACAUGACUAUGUGCCAAUUUUAACCUUUCACCGAUUUUUUGAAAAUUUAAAUCAAUCUAUUUCGAAAAAUCUUUUUAGUUUUGGAUGUAUUAAAGUAUGCAAACAAGCGUUUAAAUAAACGGUAAGGAAUUAUUUUUUAAACGCUUGUUACAAACCAGCAUUGUAUAUACUUCCAAGCUCGCUUGGUAUAUCUUACCACACAGAAUAGAUUGACUUUUUUUUACAAAAUAGUUCUUGACCACAAUACAAUGUCACGUGAUGGGAAGUGAUGAUGCAAUCUAAAAUGGAAGCGGGCUAACUUGUUAGGAAUAGGAUGAAAAUCCACAUCCCUUUCGGUUUCUACACGACAUCGUACAGGAACGCUAAAUCGCUUGGCGGUACGUCUUUGCCGGUAGGGUGGUAACUAGCCAUGGCUGAAGUCUCCCAUCAGCCAAAAAUAACUAUAAAAGUAUACAGUGAUAUUCCUUGAAGUCUCACACAGAACUUUUUUAUGUCACUUAGUAGUCUAUGUAAUAGGUAGCUAAUAUGUCAUAAAAUAAUAAUAAUAAAAAGAGAUUUUGAAAUACAUUUACUGUUAUAAAUGUAAGAUAACUAUUAUGUAAUAAUGAACCAUUCAAAAAAGAAAUUUAGCGUUGCGUAAAAAGCCUGGUAGCGUAAAAAGCCUGGUUUUGUAUAAACAUAAGUGUAGUGCUUUAUUCUAUUAAAUAGGACAAUAUAUACUGACAGCUGCUAUUAAGUUCUCCCUAAACGAUAAAAUUAAUGUACUUACCUACACAUUUUGACUGGAAAAUAUUUAUUUCUAAAGACUUCAUCUUUGUAACUGCUACAAAUAUGAUCUGUCAAUUUCUAGUCGUAUCUAUUUUUGUACUUUUGUAAUUAAUUUGGCAUUUUUUAUAUUUUUAAUCAAAAAGAAUGACAAAAUAAACAAUUUGAUUAAUUGUAAAAUAACAAACAUUCAAGUUUUUAAACUCGUUGGUUGUGGAUGACCAUAAACAAGAAAAAUAACAGAAAAAGUUCAUCGCAUACUUUAUUAAGUGUUUUCGACUUAACAUCAAAUGUUACAACGAGCGUAUAAUAACAAUCUACCUACUAUUAAAACAGGUGCAAAAUAAGAGUUGAAUUUACGAUUCUAAGAAGAAAAUAUUAAGAUCCGUUUUCCUUUGACAUUAAAAUGGUUUGAUGCUCAUAGAAUAGUCCUUCAUUGAGAUCGCGGAUAUUACAGUAAGACGACAAAUCUAUUUAAAUUCCAGUGUCAUAGCCGUAAACUGGAAAACGAGGUUAUUGAUACUCAUUCGAUAAUUAUUAUCGGAAGUUUUGAUGAAAAGAUUACAUUAAUUAAUGUUUUUUUUAUGUUUCAUUUGUCGAUCUUUUCCAUGAUCUAAAUUGACAACUAUCUACAUGUAAAUACAUCGCUAUAAUAUUAUAUCGGUUUCUUUUAGAUCUCAAGACUACUUGAAAUCUGAAAAAGAACACUAUUUCGUGCUAAAUUAAUUAUUUCCCUGAAUGCAGGAUUCUUAUCAUUAUUUUGUACUGUUUAUUUUGUUCAAAUAUAUAGGUAUGUAGGUACUGUAAGAAUGUAUUAUUAUUGAUGACUGUUUAAUUUGAAAUAAACGAAUUGCAUAAUUCUGUUAUGUUAUCUAGGUUAAACCGACUUAAACCAUUAUAAUCCCACUAGUGAUUCUCAGCAUAAUAAAAAACUUUACCCCUUUUUAUAAGUAAAAAGAACUCAAGGUUUUUUACAUUUACAAUCUGAGCAAAAAGAUUACAACGGAAGAAGCUGUUAUUAAGUUUAGUUGUGUAAAAAAAAGUACCGACGUUUUUACUGUUUAUAUACAAAACUAAACCUAAGAAUAAUCAAACAUAAAUUAGCCCACAUAAACUACACUAACACAAACACACAUUACUGAUACAUUAAUAUUUUUUUGUAUCUGUGUGAAGGCUUACCUCUUUUUACUGGUCUAAUACUAUUUCUGACAUAGAAGUAUGUACCACCAUUUUACCAUCGCACUGCAAAACACCGGGUAGGUUUCCAUCCCUAAGUCAUUGACAUCCCUAGAACUCGUUCGAACGAAGCGAUUUGCUUCUUCGUUUCUUAUACGCAUGGUUAGGGUAUGGAACUCUCUCUCGAAGUCAGUGUUUCCUAAUUCUUACAACUAGGACAUCCUUAAAAAGAGAGUGAAUAGGCAAUUUAUAGGCAAGCGCGUUCCUCCUUAGGCCACAUCUAUACUUACCAUAAGGUGAGAUCGUGGUCAAGCCCGAGCUUAUUCCAUAUAAAAAAAAAUAUAUUUGUUUUUUUAAUUAUUUCAAAAUAAUGCUUAGCUAAUAGUUUUGUUUAAAAUGUCAUUCGUUUCAUAUCGUCAAUGCUGUUUCUGUGUAACAAAAUAUUUAUGAUUAUAGGUAUAGUCAAUCUAUUCUGGGAAGUUCGUUUACCGACCUUUUCAUGUGCCAUAUUCAAGGCCCGAUGUGUACUGCUAGAUUAAAGUGCUUGAUUUGUCAUCUUAUCACUAUGUACAUCCAAAGCGAAACAGAAAAAGAAAUACUUUAUUCCGCACAUAUAAAACAAAUUAAAAACAAUAAUUAAAACCAUAUAAUAGUAUGCAAAGGCGGCCUUAUUGCUAUAAGCAAUUUCUAAGGCAACUCCUGAUGACAGGGCUUCGGAGAAAGAGCAAAAGACAGACUUCCGAAAAUAGAUUGACUAUAAAUAGUGAUACAAUUGAUUCUAAGAAUUUCUAUUCUAAUGUUUAAGAUGUUUUGAUACAAUAUUUACUAUCUACUUAUUAUGUUAACUUUAUUAGUUUUACAGAUAUUCGCUCGGUCUUGUCUCUUGACCCUGUAUAUUAAAAUAAAAUAUUACAAAUCUUGAGUGAUUCACAUCUACCACUCUUAUUGACAUUUUGAAAUUAUAUAGCACGCUACCUUGUUAGAUGUUUAAUUUGAAAUUUCCGUUAAUUAGAUUAAAUAAAUUAUUAUUAUUAUUUUAUUGAUAGUAAAAACUCUAUUAGAAAUUAGAUAUAUUUUAUGUCAUAGUGUGCAUUGUACAACGAUUUGGACAAAUUACUCCAAACUAUAUAAAUAGUAUGUACUUGAACAAGUUUCCUGUUCUGUUUUGGAAAGAGAUCAGAGCUAAACUCUGCCGUAAAUCCAUACCUCGCAAUUAUGUGGAAAUUUUGACUUCCAUAUAAAUCAUUUGGAACGAUGGAUGCAAUCCAUUUAUUGGUCUAACUAACACUAAUAUAAUGCAUUAAUUCAUUGGUCAAUUCAGGGAUGAAAUCCGUCAAUCCAUGGAUAGAAUAUAAAUUGACCAUAAGGCCAAUCAAGAUGACCGAGCAUAUUUAAUGAAAUUAUCACCUUAUUGAAUUAACAAAUGGGUAAUACCUAAUUUAGACACCAAGUACAACCGUAUUCAAGUGUAAAUUGAUAUUAGGUUUUUAAUUAAGUAUUAUUUAUUAAUUUUAUUAUAAAAUAUUGUAUUUUUAUUGGUAGUACGAUCAUCGGUUUGUAUAUUUUUGAAAUGUGAGUGAAAAGUGUAUUUUAAUUUAAUUACCUAAAUUAAAACGCAAAUAUUGACUGCAUUUUGUUUGAUGUCACUCAGAUUACAUAGUAGGUAUACCUACUUACCUAAUUAUUGUUUAUGUUUAAAAUUCUUGUCAAAUUAAAGCUUCCAAGCGAAUGUCUAAGUGCGUGCGCAUACAUAGAAUCUGUUUUUUUUUUUUUCAAAAUUCAAUCAUCAUAAUUUUUUAUAUUGUUCUAUUCUGAUCUGAUGAUUGUUCUGAUGUCAUCUAUCUGAGUGUCUGUCUUUAUGUAUUGACUAGCAGACGCCAUGCGGAUUCACCGCGUAGUUCCCGUUCCCGUAGGAAUACGGGGAUAAAUUAAUAUAGUGUAGGAACUAGUAGUUUGACACGGAUAUGACGUCGCUCAGUCUCGUGUUGGCUCGCGGCGGCGCGACUUAUUUCCGUAAAGAUUAGGGAGUUAGAGAAGGGUACCGAUCGGUUGGCGGGAACACUUGAGGUAUAAGGCGCUGCGGUUGGCUUCAGUAUGCUCGUGGCGUUAGAGACAUCCACAUUUUUUGUUAUGUAACGAUAACGAUAGGCGGGGAGAGUGACUUGAGUGGAAAAGGAGAGUGUCAGUUAACUGUGAAAUACGCCCUAAACCCUACACACAACAUUUACAACUGCGUGACUCCACUAAAGGUUUUCUCUUCCAUUCUAGGAUCUUAAUUUGGUUACAGUGUGAUUUGUUAAUUAAGUUGUCCUGAUGUUGGGACUCAUAACCUUUAUUCAUUGGUCAACAUUGGUUUUCUUAUUUUUAUAAUCCACUUCUGAUUCAGCUACACUACACUAUCCCCGGAUGUUUUAAGCUAUUUAUAUAGCUUAAAGCAUCCACGGAUAGUGUAGCUUUCCAACAGUGAAUGUUUUAAAUCGGUUCAGUAGUUUCGGAGUCCAUUCAAUGCAAACGAACAAAUCUUUCUUAUAAUAAGUAUUAUACAUAGAUAAGUAACUGAACCUACAAACGACAACAACCAAACUGCAGUCAAUAUUAUAAGAAUGCCACAUAUUUGUUUGAGAGCAAUAUAUGAUUUUGUAUCAGUUAAGUUUAUUAUGUAGAUACGCCAUUCUAUUGGCAUCUUAAUGUAACUGUUAGAUCUUAUUAUUUUCCUAUUCGUACCUACCUUAAUAAAGUUAAUACAAAUAAAA